AUGAACGUCUAUCAAAAGCUACUUUUGUACUCGCGCACUCUUUUCGGUCAAUUUCUACAUCAACGUGCUGAGAAGGAACAUGACACUUAUAUGACCGGGGGUUAUCGAAACGCACCAAGUUUUGCCCAAAAAAAUCUUCCGAACAUGGCCUUCGAUCGUGUGCAUCAGAAACUGAAGCAGAUGCAUGCCAAAGAAGAAGUAAAACAGUUUCAAAUUUUGGUGUUAUUGCUUCGGCUUCGACAAAUAUGCUGCCAUCCAGGGCUGAUCCAUCAGAUGCUUGAAGAUGACGACGGAAACUUCGAUAUCAGUGCUGUCGAGGAAGAACAAUCGGAAGAACUGGAUUUGUUGGCUCAGCUGAAUAAGCUCAAGAUAACGGGAGCACCGGAUGGUGAAGUUGGAAAUGCAGCUGAAGUUAAUUUCGAGAUUGACGAAAACACUUCACAAGACGAAGCAGCGAUUACGAAGGCUUCCUCGAAAGUAAUGCGGCGCUCCAAUCCGGUUUUGAUCUCUCGAGGAUCAGCUCGAAGAUUGCAAGGCUCCUCAAGCUGUUGGACGAAAAAAUCUUUGCAGUGAUGACAAAGCGGUUAUUGUGUCGCAGUGGAGCAGCGUGCUGGAUAUUGUGGCACACCAUCUGAGUGA